CGGUGUGCGCUUGCGCGGGAGCCCGGCCGGAGGAGUCUCGGCGUUCGCUGCUGCUGGGUCUGACAGCUGUUUCCAUAGAAACUAGAGAAGAAAUAGUCAUUUUCAGCAGAGUUGUGAAAACCGUCUUCCAGGCUUCAGCCGUGAGCACCAAUAAUCAAGGAGAAGAAAGAUGAGCUUCAUCUGUGGACUGCAGUCUGCUACUAGAAACUGUGUUUUCUUCCGAAUACAUUUGCUGACCAACUGGAGAAGAUGUCACACACUAACUGUGACCUCACCAGACUGUCAUCAAGUACAAAUUAGUCAGAUAGUUAAUAAGUGUCAGGGUCUGGAAGUGAAUCAGUGUGAUAGGUUGACUUUUCUGCCUGAAAAUUUUUAUUUCUGUAGGACUUUUAAUAACAAACGACCGAAAUGCCUCUUGAGCACGAGAUGUAAGGAAUUUGGGAUGGUUACCCCAAACUGUACUGCGUGGAAUGGCUCUUUUUCGAGACAGCUACUGAUAAAAGAAGUUGCAGGAGUUCCUGCCCUUUCACUAUUGCAUCCUUUAAACUGUCUUCCCAAAAGAGACGCCAGGAGUUUCCACACUUCUUCUCGGUUUCAAGCUGCUCCAGUUCCUCUCUUGUUGAUAAUUCUUAAACCAGUGCAGAAACUAUUUGCAAUCAUUGUAGGCAGGGGCAUAAGGAAAUGGUGGCAGGCACUUCCUCCUAACAAGAAGGAGCUAUUUAAAGAAAGUUUAAGAAAGAAUAAAUGGAAGUUACUCCUUUGUUUCAGUAGUUUUGGAUUGCUCUUUGUAGUGUUUUAUUUUACUCACCUGGAAGUCAGUCCUGUCACAGGAAGGAGCAAGUUACUAUUAUUGGGGAAAGAACAUUUCAGACUUUUAUCAGAAUUGGAAUACGAAGCAUGGAUGGAAGAAUUUAAAAAUGAUAUGCUCACUGAGAAGGAUGCCAGAUACCUAAUGGUUAAAGAAGUAGUUAAUCAUUUGAUUGAAUGCAAUAAAGAUAUUCCAGGGGUCUCUGAGAUCAAUUGGAUUAUCCAUGUGGUCGAUUCUCCAGAUGUAAAUGCCUUUGUGCUUCCAAAUGGACAAGUGUUUAUCUUCACUGGACUUUUAAAUAGUGUGACUGAUAGCCAUCAACUUUCCUUCCUUCUGGGCCAUGAAAUAGCACAUGCAAUACUUGGGCAUGCUGCAGAAAAGGCUAGCUUGGUUCAUUUAUUGGAUUUCCUAGGUCUGAUUUUUCUCACAAUGAUUUGGGCCAUUUGUCCUCGAGAUAGUUUGGCACUUUUGGGCCAGUGGAUACAGUCUAAACUACAGGAGUAUAUGUUUGAUAGACCGUACAGUAGAACAUUGGAGGCUGAAGCUGACAAAAUUGGACUACAGCUAGCUGCAAAGGCUUGUGUUGAUGUCAGAGCCAGUUCUGUGUUUUGGCAGCAGAUGGAAUUUGCAGAUAGCCUUCAAGGCUAUCCCAAGUUGCCAGAAUGGUUAUCCACACAUCCUUCUCAUGGAAAUCGAGCUGAGCGCUUGGAUAGACUCAUACCUCAGGCUCUUAAAAUUAGAGAGAUCUGUAAUUGCCCACCACUUUCAGGACCAGACCCUCGAUUACUAUUCAAACUCAGCAUGAAGCAUUUUCUGGAAGAAUCGGAGAAAGAAAACCUAAAAAUCACUGCUGAGAAACAGAAAAUGGAUACUCUUACCAUUCAACAACAGAAGCAAAUACCCUUAACAUACAUAGUUGAGAAAAGAACUGGCAGUUGAAUUAAAAUUUAUGAGACACAGGGAUAUAUGAAGAAUGUAUCAACUCUUACCAUUUUUAUGUUACUUUUUAAAAAAUGAUGUUUGAGAUAAAAAAAUGUAUAUUCAGGGUCAAAUCAUGUAUAUUACAAGUAUUAUCUAAAUUCUUCAAGGUAUUUUCAUGAAAUAUUGAUGUAUUUUAAUCUAUUUUAAAAUAUCUUCAAUGAGGAAAAUGUCACAGAAUAAAUUUAUAUUCCACAUUUUA